AUGUGUUACGCUGUUAGUUUAUUACCAUUCGUAAGUACAACACCUAAUAUACCGACAACACAGAAGAUUGACAAUAGUACUUCAUCACAAAAUGAAACCGAGUUAGAAGUUCUGUUUCAUUGGGAAGACUACAGUGUUCUCGCUGCUAUGUUGAUCAUAUCGUGUAUGAUAGGCGCUUUUUACGGAUAUUUUGGAGAAAAGCAGACUACCGGUGACGAUUUUUUACUUGGUGGUUCUUCCAUGGGAACAUUUCCGAUGGCUAUGAGUCUCGGGGCAAGUUUCGUAACAGCCAUUGAGUUAUUGGGAAACCCAGCGGAGAUGUAUAUGGCAGGGGCACAGUUCUGGAUGAUUUGUAUAUCUUUUGUUCUCGUCGUGCCGAUUGCGAGUCAACUAUAUCUGCCAGUGUUCAUGAGACUGCGGCUCACUUCGUGCUAUGAAUAUCUGGGUGGUAUGAAAGCAGUUAUAAUGACAGAUUCGUUCCAAACGGCUGUGCUCAUCGGGUCAUUAACAGUAGUGUUGGCGAUGUCGUCAGCGCAGGUUGGAGGAUUUGACGUCGUGUGGGAUCACGCUUGGCGAACAAAUCGUCUGCGUUUCUUUGACAUGAAUCCUGAUCCUACAGUACGACACUCUUUCUGGUCCGUAGUCAUUGGUGGUACCGUGUAUUGGAUCAGUAUGUUCUGCGCUAACCAAGCCUCAGUCCAAAAAUAUUUGUCUGUGGAGCGAAUAGCUCAAGUGCGAUUGGCGCUUUGGAUUUCAGCUGCAAGUUUGAUCAGCGUGUACUCGGUUAAUUUCAUCACCGGAGCCAUUCUUGCAGUACAUUACGCAGAUUGUGAUCCCAUUCUGGCUGGAGUAAUUAGUGCUUCGGACCGACUUCUGCCGUUAUACGUUGUCAAGCAACUUGGCGCAGCACGUGGAGUGGCUGGCUUUUUCGUGGCUGGGAUCUUUGCAGCGAGUCUUGGCACCGUAGCCUCAGCUCUGAAUUCUUUAGCUGCCAUUGCUUGCCAAGAUCUAGCUACAGGACUUCUUGGCAUUACUUUACCAGAAGAGAAAGGUGCAACAAUCGCUCGCUGGGUGUGCCUCGGGUGCGGUGCACUUUCUUUUGGCUUGGUGUUCGCUGUGGAGAGGCUGGGCCCUGUACUUCAACUCGCCCUAUCUUUCAACGGCAUGGCGGGAGGUGUUGCGCUUGGACUCUUCUCACUUGGCAUGUUCUGCCCCUGGGCUAACGCUAAGGGUGCAGUGGCAGGAGGAGUAAUUGGUCUGCUCGUAGUUGCAGCUGCGGGAGGGGGUGCUCAAUUGGCACAACUACCAAUGCCUCGACUUCCUACCUCUACAGAGGGCUGUGUCUCGCCUUUUAAUAACACUCAUUUGACUAUAGGUCCAAAUGAAAAUCGUGACGAUGAAGUAUUCUGGCUGUUCCGAGUGUCAUAUCUGUGGUACUCUGGAUUGGGUUGCCUUGUAACAUUAGUAGCUGGACUCAUCGUGUCUGUUAUUACAGGCACAAUGAACCCAGCUCAAGUUCCAAUCGAUCUGAUAUCACCGCCUGUUGUUAAACUUCUAAACUCUUUGCCUAAAAAAAUUAAGUCAGCCUUAAAAGUUCCUACUCGGCUUGGCUCGGAGCGUCGACGAAGUUCAAGUGUACGUCCACCAAGCGUUGCUGAUGACAAAGAUACGCGUCGCAGACGUAGACUAUCAGAAUUGGCAGGCGGAGUGUUUUACAGCGAUGCACCUACACUCACAAGGGGCUACGACAACUUUGCUCUAGGUUUCGACAUAGAAAAACCUCUACCGGAUAAUCCCCCCAAUGCUGACUGUAUUAAAUUUGAAUGUAAUAUGGACAGUAGCUUACAAGAGACAUCUACUUGUUAA